AACACCACACCAAGUACAGGUACAUAAUGAUGAAAUCAAAAUUUAGGCGUAAAUACAGCUCUUGUAUUUCAUCAAACGAUGCAUUUUGAAUUUUGUUUACUUAGUUAAAAUAUAUUUUUUGGAAAGACCAAACCACAGUAAUUUUACACAAACUGAUAAAGGAAUUAACAUAAAGUGAGAGAUAGAUUUAUUGCAAACUGGUACUGUAAUAGUCUUCUUACUAAUGUGCAGUCAGUAAUCGAACCCUUACUGCAUUACUACAGUGAAUAGUCGAAUCUUUAUUGCACUGGUAUUUUGUAUACAGUGAUAUAUUAUCUUGAAUAAUGAAAAUGCUUCAAGACAAGUUAGAUGAGUCUCCAGUAUCUGGCGGUGAUUCUUCUAGUGAAAAUGAAGAAAAAUCUAACAAUGCUGCGUGGGCAGAAGUUAUGGGGAAAGUCUUGAAUAAGCAAGGCCCCAAAAAUGAAAAAUCUAUAAUACUUGCGAAAAACAAAGAAAAAGUAGAAGAAAAUAAGCAAGAGCGCUCCGAACAACGUGAAAGAAAAAAGCAGCUCAACAAGAAGAGGAAAUGGGAAGAAAUGAAUCAUGUUAAACCAAAUGCACUUGAGAAAGAUUAUGAGAGAAAUUUACAGAAAAUAGCAACUCGAGGGGUUGUUCAGUUAUUCAAUGCUGUCAAAAAACAUCAAAAACAGUUAGAUGAAAAACUGAAGUCUGCGAAGACAGAAGGCAAAAAAGAACAGGUCAUGAAAUCUGUUUCGAAGGGAGAAUUUCUAGAUAUGUUGAAAGAUGAUAAAGUGGUCACGAAACAGAAAGCUGGAAAGAACUUUGAUCCUGGGGUGCCAGAUACGACAGCGGAAGAUACAGGAUGGGAUGUUCUCAGAGAUGAUUUCAUGAUGGGAAAUAAGCUUAAAGACUGGGAUCAACGUUCGGAUGGCGAAGAUGAUUGAUAAUAAAUAUAUAUGGGGGGUUUCCGUAAA